AUGAUUGCAGCCUCGGUGCGCUCGGCUUCUGCAAAGGUGGCAGCAGGCGUUUUGGUUGCAGGGGGUUCGUCUGUGCUCAUGGCCAAGCCGAUCUACAACGACGAGGCUAGCUCCAGCGGUGCUUCCAAGCUCUCGAUCUACCCGCUUCCGGAUCCCAAAGUCGAGGUGGUCCCCGUUCAAACCGAACUCGAGCGCCAGAUCGGCUCGGCACGUCGUGCCGUCUCGCACCUCACGGCAGACACGCGCACCUCGGUCCGCUCGCUCGUCGACCGCUGGAUCUCGGUCGAGCGCAGCAUCGAGGGCGAAGUCAAGACGCUCAUCCCGGCAUCCGAGCCGCUGACCCCCGGCCUGCUCUAUGUCGGAGUCACCACGUUGGCCGGCAGCAUCUUCACCCGAUACCGCGCAUUCCCCAUCCGCAUCCUAACCCCGCCCCUCGCGCUCGUGGUCAGCUUGAACUACUUCAACCCGCACCUCGCGUCGAAUCUGGGCGCUUACUACACACAGCUCGAGCAAAAGUACGUGCCGGCGCUCACCGAGCAGAGGCGGAACUGGCAGCAGCAGGGCAAGAAGUACUUGGACCAGACCACCAAGGGCGUCCACGAGCUCAAGGAUAAGACCGAGCAGGGCGUCAGAUCCGGCUUGCAGACCGUCGAGCAACAGACCGGCUUGAAGGUCGCCGACGUUGUGGCAGCUAAGGACCAGGCCAAGUUUGCUGUCAAGGACCAGAUGAAGGCUGUAUAA